AUGGCCGACGAUCAUCUGGACACAGAGAUCGCCGGCUACAGGGCCGGACGAGUGCUGCGGGUUCUUGGCCGCCCUUUGAGGGUGACUGAGCCUUGUGUUGGACUGGGAGGGCUACGACGGUUGUGUGAGCUGUCAGGAAGCCAGUACCUGUCCACACAGGGCUUUGACACGGAAGCUUCCUUGCUUCCCUACUACAAUAACUUGCAGAGGUUUUGUGGUGCUAGCGGUGUCCAAGCCUUGAGAUUGGGCACUGACGGCGAUGUGGAGAAAGUUAAUCCGGAGAGCUUGUUGCCCGUGGAAGCCAUUGUGGCUGGCCCCCCGUGCCAGCCAUGGGCAGGAACCGGACAGCAGCAGGGCACAGCUGAUGCAAGAGCUUCGGUCAUGGAUGUCUGCAUCGGCUGGAUCAUAGCUCAGGCUUGGCAGGGUCAGCUGCUAGCCUUCGCUGUGGAAAACAGCCCCCGGCUGCGUGGAACUCCAUAUCUGCGGGAGCUGCUGCAGCGACUGCGGGCGUGCAUCCCCAUGUUUGCUGUCUCCGUGGAAGUGCAUGACCUGUGUCAGCUUUGCCCGCAGCACCGGGAGCGUUUGUGGAUCCGGGGCUUGAGGAGGGAUUGCCUCCGAGGCUUGCCUGGCCUGCCGCCGCCUUUGAGCAUGAAAGACCUCGGUGGCAAGGUGAAGGUGCCUUUGGAGACCGUGUUGGUCGAAAAACAUGGCGAUGGAAAGGUGCUUAAACCAACGGACCCAGGAUCACUCUGCCCAAACAUGCAGUGCAACUUGGCGGCCUAUUUGAGUCGUGUGCAGGGAGACAUAGAAAAUGGGAAAGCAGGCGAGAUAGCCGUGAUCGAGCUGGACCGCAAUCCUUUGAAGGAUUUCGGCGGCGGUAUAGUCUACGACGGCACCCCGCCUCUGCGAACAAAAGGGCCGAAGCUGUGGCUGCUUCGGACACAAGAUGUCAAGGAGAAGCGCCCUUGGCAAGAGCACAGCUUGCAUAGGUACAUGCUACAGGAGGAAGACACGUUUCCGCGGGCGGAUAACUCUUUCCACCUAAACUCCAAGGCCCGCUGCAUGCGCCAACAGGAGCUGUGGAACGUUGAUCUUGAUUCCUCUGGUCGCUCCGGCAGUCGCUCUCCGUCAACAGUGAGCCUGGUUAGUCGGCACGUGCAUCAACUCGAUUUGCAGCUGCGCACCCUUAGUGCCCACGUGACAGCCUGUGAGCGCCGUAUUCGCGAGGUGGAACGUCAGCUUGCCGAGCUCCAGCAAGUGCGCGAACCGCAGAGUGCCUCCUUUUGGGAUUCCUUCAGGGCUUGCUUUCCUCGUUCCUAA